AUGGCCGGGUUAUUCAGGCGAGUGUAUGACUGGCUGUUGCGGACCUUUUGGGCAACCGAGAUGGACGUGACUAUGGUCGGAUUGCAGAAUGCUGGCAAGACAUCGCUUCUUCGUGUGCUCUCGGGCGGAGAGUUCGCUAUCGACUCGAUCCCUACGGUUGGCUUCAACAUGAAGCGGGUGCAACGAGGCCAUGUGACACUCAAGUGCUGGGACUUGGGGGGUCAGCCCCGCUUCCGGCAAAUGUGGGAGAGGUAUUGCCGGAAUGUUAACGCCAUCGUCUUUAUCGUCGAUAUUGCCGACCUGAACCUGCUUCCCGCCGCCCGCGACGAGCUGCACUCCUUGAUGAGCCACCCGACUCUUGACGGCAUCCCUCUUCUCGUGCUAGGGAACAAAUCGGACCUUCCCAACAAGCUCACGGUGGAUGAGCUUAUCGAUGCGAUGGACCUCAAGAACAUUGCGCACCGCGAGGUGUCGUGCUAUGGCAUCUCGGCGAAGGAAGAGACAAACCUCGAGGCCGUCAUUCAAUGGUUGAUGAAGUUCGCCAACAGGUGA